AUGGGUAACGUGCAGUGCUGCGCCAGCGGACGCUUCCCUGUGGGCAAGCCGCCUAAGAAGGCGAAGAACAAGAAGAAAACGAAAGGACUAAAGGGUGUCAGCAAGAAGAAUAGUAGUGUGAGUAGUGGAAAAGGUAACGGAGCCGUGCAAAAAGUGGCGACGAUGGCAGAGGACGGCUCCGAGAAAGCUGCGCCGGCGGAGACGCUGGUGCAGGCUGCUCCUACAGCCGUGGACGUGCCCGACGGGCUGCUCCCGCGGCAGGAGGAGAACGAGAUGCAACAGGCUAACGAUAGUAGAUCAGGAUCAAGUUCACCUCGAACGGAGAGUAUGGCGGCUGCGAGGGAACGAUUCUUUGGUCAGGUACUUAUCGACAUAUCCUAA